UGAGUUGGAAAAAUUAAAAGAUAGAAGUAAUGUGAAAGAAAUAGGAUUGAUGGCGCAUUUUUAAUAGGAGGAAAUGUGCACUUGUUCAAAAUAAAUAGAGACACCCGCUGGGAUAGACACCAACUGGAUAACAGUCCAACCACAGCAGCUGUACAUCUUUCUAGCACCUGUAUCAGUUAAUACUGACGAUAUAUUCAUCUGCGUGGAUUCCAACAGUUGGUUCUGGUAAGGUUUUCAAUUAUAUAUACAAACCAAUAAAGAUGACAUUUUAUGUAUACAUUUGCAUGUCCCUUUGCUGUAUUAUACUGUAUAUAUAUAUAUCGUAUAAAUAUAUAUAUAUAAACUCAUCACAAUUCCGUAUUUUAAAAAGUGUAUUUGCAAUGAUAUUUACGUUUCUUACAUCAUUACACGUUUUGAGAAGCAUUUAUCUGCCAUAUAUUAUACGACUUCCCUACCCAUUUUCGCGUUCCUAAACUACAAUUAUUGUUGGCUAUAAACAUGACCUUAAAUUACCAAAUAAUCUAAAUGAUCACUAUUUAAAUCAUUAUUGUCAGUAAAGGAGUUCAUUUACUGGUGAUUUUUACGCUAUAGAAAUACUUCAGAUGUCAUGUGUUUUAAAUUGUUUAUUGUUGAGCAUGCAAUACCACUUUUUUGUGUCCCUAAGCGAAAAUAAAUUUAUUUAAAUUUGCGAAAACUUAAUCUUAAAUUUACAACAAAAACUCUAUAUACCUUCUUAAAUAUAUUUUAUACUAACAUAAUUUGAUAUACUGAUAGGCUCAUUAAAAUUUAACCAAACGUUUGCCAUUGUAUUCGACUAUAUUAUCAGAAAUUCGUAAAACAAAAAUAAUUCUUUUAUGUAAAGGAGAAUCUCUUAACCGUUUUUUCACGCCGGCAACAGCCUUGAGUGUCUUUUUAGCAGAAGUGUUAUUAAUCAAGUAACAAUAUAAACCCACUUUACUGUUCGCAAAUUAAAUAAAAAAUGUAUGUUCAUUUUUUUAAAAGAAAAUCUUAACCCAUCUCUAUUUUGAAAACUAACGACAUCAUCGGAAAAAAUGUACACACCUUAUUUCCAACCCCCGAUAUGUAUGUACCUAAGACGAUUAAUUAUUUAUCUAAUUCAUUCUGAGGCGUUUAAAUUUAAUAAAAGUGUAUUUUUGGAAUGAAUAAGAAGUAAAAAAUUCUUAAAUUAAAAAAAAAAAAAACAAAGCUAAACUUGUGUAUGUUUUAUUAACAAUUUAAAAAUCAAUCAAUUAUAUUUAUUAAUUUUACUUUUAAGAAGGGGAAAAAACUUUAGUGGUUGUUCGCAAAUUACGUCACGCUCGUGGAAAAAAAAGGGGGGGGGAAGGGUGGAAGGGUCAAGAAUUUGUGACACUUUGUGAAAAAAUUUUAUUCAAAUAAUUUUAAAAACAUUUAUUUAAGGGUCGAGAUUUCCUCAGGUAUUUUAGGUAACGUGAACCUCAGUCGCGCACACCUUUGGCGCAAAAACUGUUGUGACAAUUUUACAUUCGGUGCGGGGACGACACUUCGUUGUUUCGCAUCACAGAUUUCUAAUGAAUCAGCAAUACUACAUCUUAAUUCAUUAUGGGAAAAUGUUAAUUAAAUAAAAUAAAGUCUUAGUUUAGUUAUGAAAGUUUUAAGUAUGUUUAUAUUUUUUAGGUGUGACGGGACACUAAAAAAAAAGGGGGGGGGGGGAGGUUAAAGAAUUUGUGACACUUUGUGACAGGAGCGAGGGAGGGUCUAAAAAGGUCAUUUUUGCCGUGACGUAAUUUGCGAACGAAUCUUUUAAUUAUCAGUUCUGUCACGCGCGGUCAUUAAAUCAAAGAAACUUAAAGCUUUGGCUAAAAUAGGAAAUCUUGGCUAUGAUGUCAUUUUCGUAUUUAUUUAGAUCAAAUUAAUUUUAUUUUUAUUUCGCAAUAUUAACAACGUACUAAAAAUAACAGAUGUUUGGGUUUUCCCAAUAAAUGUGAUUACAAUGCAAUUCUUUGAUCAUGUAAUUUUUUUUUCAUAACUUUUAAAUUCGGAUAAGAUGCUUAAAAUAGUUCCUUAGUUGUUACUUUAAAUGUAUUUGUAAUUUGUAAUAAUAAUAAUACUUAAACUUUUACUAAAAUAAAAGGGGAUAUAUAAUAUUUUUGCGCAUUUAAAUUUAUUCGAUUUCCAUAAAAUAAUAGAAGAAUAACUAUAAUUGUUUUUAAGAAUUGGAACUUAUUUAAAUCUUUUCGUUUCUUUGGCGUUACGGUCAGCCUAGCUCAUUCUUACAUACAAAUUAUAUAUAUAUAUGUAUAUAUGUGAUAUAAACUUAUUUUUUUCACCUUAUAAAAUAUACUUGGGGCACACACAAACUACAUUAAAUUUAAAAGACAAAAACCGCGAGUUAAUGCUUUGGUGGAAAUCCGUAUAUUGGACGUUCCUUAAAUAAAAGUUUGUUGAUUAGAUACUAACUUAGUGAUAGCAGGCAGGAGGACUUGCAGGGGAGAUCUGCGCUAAUAAUAAAUGUUCAUAGAGAAAUAUUUACCAAAUAUUGGUAUCACAAGCAUCUACGCGAUGCCAUCACGUGUGGAUUUACCACGCGAUCGAUGUUAAUCUAUAGUUAAUAUAUUAACGUGUUUGGGAGAGAGAAAAGAGAAUCAGAAAGAGAGAGAGAGAAGGGAAUCAGAAAGAGAGAGAAAGGAAUCAGAAAGAGAGGAGGGGAACGAGAGAAUGGAUAGCGAGAGGGAGGGAUUAAGAAAACACAAGUGAGAAGUAAAAAAAAAAAAAAAAAGAAAAAACCAACCAAAAAAAAAAAAAAAAAAAAAAGAAACAACCAAACCAACAAAAAAAAAUGGUAUCAAAUCCAACAAGAACACCCGCAAAAUUUUUUUUACAAAUCUUGUUAAUAACUUCCCCCCCCCCCACUGUUACGUAAAGGAAUCAGGAGAGGAUUCACGUGAAGUUCACCAAAGUUUAAAACACGGAAUCGCUCAUCACAAAUGUGUUCUCUCUUCACUAUGAGUCUUAACUUUUAUUUACACACAACCCCCAUUUUUUUUGUCUUCUUCUUUGUAUUGGACACACUAUUUAGAAAACUAUUAAACUUGAGUGCGUUGCUGUUCGUUAGAAAAUGGACUUAACUCCGUUUAGUCACUUUGGACGUCAAGAAAAUGGAUGGUAGACGUCGCCUUUUUAAAAAUGGUUCUUUUGACGCCGAAUAUUUGAAAAUAAUCUCAAUUAUGAUAAAAAAUUUUCCAUGUUUCAUAAAAGUCAUAAUCUCAUUGUAUUAAUUACCGGUAAUGAAAAGCUUCAAAAGAAGUCAAACAAAAUUUGGGCCGUAAAUCAGAUUAAAUUCUAUUUAUUUUUCCCAUUCGAGCCUUCAACACGCCUUUUAAGUUAUUUUAUGUUCUCCUCUUAAGAAUAGAAAGUUGUACGUUGUUAUUAUUAUAGAACUGAGAUUUGAGUUAAAUUUUAAAGUCGAUUCCAGGUGUAACCAUUUCCACAUUAACAUCUAACUUUAAGCUGGAUUUAUUUAAUAUAAUUUCAAAAUAAUGACCUUAAUUAUGAACGUCAUUUCAUCGAGUAGGAGCAACCAGAGGUGUAACAUUUGCAGAGGUUAGCAGCUUUUUGGCCAACUUUUACUGUCGUAAAAAAUAUCAGAAAAGCAAUAUCUGUACGGCGUAUGCCCCUUCCCCCGCGCCAUCCCCCCCCCUUUUCACGGCCUGGGGUGUUGUGUUACGUCACGUUGACCCAUACUAGGGAGACUUUUUUCAAUUGCACAUUUUGUCAACCUUCACUGCAAUGACACUCAGACAUGAAAUUGCAUGUACUGCAGCAAUUCUAAUACAUAAAGAGAGUGAUGGGCAGAUACAGUGCCGCGGCAAGAAAAAGCUGCGCCCAGGGCAAGAACCUGAAUAUUAGACGCCCUCUUCCCAAAGGAGGUCUUUAUUUAAUAAAAAUGAUUUACAGGGUGGGGGGGGGAGUGACGAUUUUGACGCCGUGUGAAGAUUGGACCCCGUGUGGGUGCCAACUUUACCCCGACCACGACACCCCCCUCUCGCACGGCCCUGGGCAGAACCGUUGGUAUCAUCCUUAUCCAAUCAAUCCUUAUUUGUACCUCCCACGUCACAGCUACAACUAAAUGAACUGAAAUGAACAACACUCGUCGACUCAAGACUAGACAUGACUCAAAAUGUAUCUCAGAAAAUGACAAGCCCUGUUAAACUCUUAUGCAUUGUGAAGGAUUUUUUUUAAAAAAUGGGUUUAGUGUGCUCAUCUUUAUUUUGAAAUCCCUUCUAGAUAAAUGUUAUUUAAAAUAGGGAAUUGAUUGAGAUGAGAAAUUGGUUUUUGUAGACGCCUUACAGGAACCCCACUUGAUAUUUGAAUAGUUCCAAAGGUUGGAACCUGUAACAUAUGUCUGGGGUUCAGCAGAGCGGUGAUAAACUGCGCCCAUUUGAACUUCCCACCACACAAUCUAAUUUUGAGGCAUGGCAAUAAUUAUGAAAAAAAACACGUCCUAUUAGAUUAACUAUUUGUUUCUUUUAUAGGAGAAUUCCAUGGACAAUAUUGGCAGCCAUCCAAGACAGCUGUUUGAUGACAAGUCCUACUUUGGCUGGUCAGAUGAGAUUUUGCCCCAUCUGACCAGUCCAGAUGUAGCUACGGAAUACUUACCCGAGCCUCCAACAUUCAUUCAGAAUAGGCUGCCUUCUGGGAAGAAAAAUAUUUGGUGAACUUGCCCGUUUGUUGCUUUUUUAGUCUCUUUCUCUCUACUCUCUACUCUCUACUCUCUACUCACACACUCUCUCUCUCUCUCUCUCUCUCUCUCUCUCUCUCUCUCUCUCUCCCUCUUUAACUCUCACAAGGCACAACGUUUCCUUUCGCCAUCCCCCAUCUUUCUCUCUCUCGCUCUCUCUUUAAUCAGAAUAGGCUGCCUUCUGGGAAGAAAAAUAUUUGGUGUGCUUGCCCGUUUGUUGCUUUUUUAGUCUCUCUCUCUCUACUCUCUCCUCUCUCCUCUCUACUCACACUCUCUCUCUCUCUCUCUCUCUCUCUCUCUCUCUCUCUCUCUCUCCCUCUUUAACUCUCACAAGGCACAACGUUUCCUUUCGCCAUCCCCCAUCUUUCUCUCUCUCGCUCUCUCUUUAACUAUCAAAGGCUACAACGUUUCCUUUCAUCCCAACUUUCUCUUUCUCUCUUCUCUCAUUCUCUCUAUCUAGAUAUCUCUCUCUUUUAAUUCUCACAGAGCACACAUUUUCCUUUCGUCUUCCAUCUUCCUCUCUAUCUUUUUUUCUCGUUCUCUUUAAAUCUCACAUGGAAAAAACCUUUCCUUUCAUCCCCAUCUCUCUCGCUUGCUCUUUCGCUCUCACACCCUUUCUCGCUCUUUCUAACGCGCGCUCUCUCUCUCUCUAACCGAAAUACUAGUUAGAAGGUAUUAAAACUGAUAGAUAUAAGCAAGGAAGUCAAUGUACACAACUGGACACAGGUCUAGUAAAAAAAAAAAAUACCGUACAUGAGUUAACGCCAUUCAUCUGUACACAGUGGCUGUGUCAAGAAGAAACACAAGGACGUCACAGUUUACUUGUUAGAGGCGGAUCUGUGGAAAAGGUUCAAUCGACUGGGCACCGAGAUGAUCAUAACGAAAAAAGGAAGGCAAGUGUAGGGGGGGGUCUGGGGGAGUGGUGGCUGGUGGAGUGGUGAGUCGUGGAAUAAUGGAGUGGUGGCUUGUUGAAUUGUGGCUGGUGGAGUGGUGGCUGGUGGAGUGGUGGCUGGUGGAGUGGUGGCUGGUGGAAUAAUGGAGUGGUGGCUUGUUGAAUUGUGGCUGGUGGAGUGGUGGCUGGUGGAGUGGUGGCUGGUGGAAUAAUGUAGUGGUGGCUUGUUGAAUUGUGGCUGGUGGAGUGGUGGUCGGUAGAGUGGUGGCUGGUGGAGUGGUGGCCGGUGGAGGGGUGGCCGGUGGUGCAGUGACUGUUGGAGUGGUGGUUGGUGGAGUGGGGGAGUGGUGGAGUGGUGGCUGAUGAAAUGGGUGCUGAUAGAGGGAUUGUUGAUGGAGCAAUGGCUGAAAGAUGAAUGAGAUUUAGAUGUGAAGCAGUCACAUUUCAGUAAUGCUGUUUGUUAGAAGUUUUCAUAUCAUAUUUUAUAAGAAANGUGGGUGGUGGAGUGGUGGCUGGUGGAGUGGUGGCUGGUGGAGUGGUGGCUGGUGGGAUAAUGGAGUGGUGGCUUGUUGAAUUGUGGCUGGUGGAGUGGUGGCUGGUGGAGUGGUGGCUGGUGGAAUAAUGUAGUGGUGGCUUGUUGAAUUGUGGCUGGUGGAGUGGUGGUCGGUAGAGUGGUGGCUGGUGGAGUGGUGGCCGGUGGAGGGGUGGCCGGUGGUGCAGUGACUGUUGGAGUGGUGGUUGGUGGAGUGGGGGAGUGGUGGAGUGGUGGCUGAUGAAAUGGGUGCUGAUAGAGGGAUUGUUGAUGGAGCAAUGGCUGAAAGAUGAAUGAGAUUUAGAUGUGAAGCAGUCACAUUUCAGUAAUGCUGUUUGUUAGAAGUUUUCAUAUCAUAUUUUAUAAGAAACAAAUGCUAUUAAUAGAUUCAAUAAUUCGACACUUGCACGUGUUUAAAAGUAUUGUUUUAUUCCACAGACGAGUGUUUCCUAUACCCUCAUAUGCUUUAUGUGACCUUGACCCCGAGAAGCUGUAUAACGUGACCCUGGAGAUCAUUUCAGUGGAUAAUGCGGUAAUUGGGGGAUUCGUAUUUUUUAAAGAUUAUUAUUAUGUAAAUCUUAAUAUAUAUUUAUCAUUAAACGGUAUAUUACUCUUGUGUUCCUGUAAACUAGGGGGAGACAAGCAACAAUAGAAAAAUGAAUGGUUACUCUGCUCUUUGAAAUAGAUUUGCUUUUUAAGCUUACCGAAUCGGGAGAAAAGUUUCAUAUUGUCAUAGAUUUACAAUCUCAAGUAAUUGUUUACUUGUCUUUGUUUAUUAUAUAAAUAUUUAUCAUAAACCAAGACGUAAUUGUAAAUAUAUCGCUGACUCUGUUGUGAAAAGGGGGAAACAUGUUCAGAAAAUGGCACCAUCAUCAUCAGUGGCUCUACAGCCCAUGUAAGGCCCUGGCCUGCUCCAUCACAAUAGAUUCCAUACGGAUCGAUCCAUAGCCUUCCGUUCAGAAAAUGGCUUUAUGUACAAGAUGUCACUCUGAUUUCACCAUCAUGUUUUCAAAACGGCAAUUUUUAAAUACAUAUUUUAUGAAAUACAUUUUUUUUUUUAUUUCGCUCAGAUUCACAAAUUCAUCAACGGGGAAUGGAUGUCAUCGAAGGAGGGCGUGCACUAUUAUCCGACACCCACGCCGGGGAGGAGCACGUACUUGCACCCUUUCUCCCCCAACACUGGUGCGCACUGGACGAGGGAAGCUGUCGUGUUUUCGGGGCUGAAGAUCUCCAACAAUCUUGACGCCCUUGGCACGGUAUGAGACCCCUUUGUCGUCUGCUCUGUAUCGGUUUAUGUAAAUGGAAUGAAGAUAAACUAUCAAAUACAAAGUUUUUUAACAACGGAAAAGGACAGAACUUUAAAUAAAAUAGUUUAUUGAACAUGAUAUUUUCUGAAAAUAUGAACAAUCGUAAAGAUACCUUUUGCCUCAUUAAAAAAAAAAUAAAAGAAAUAAUGGUUCUAAAAUUUCUACCAGAUUGUACUCCAGUCCAUGAGGAAGUACCAGAUGAACCUGGUCAUAGCAGAACUCGGGGGUCACAUGGAAGUCCGCAUCCCCCAGCCUGAGACCCAGUUUGUGGCCGUCACCCAGUACCAGAACGACCAGGUCACACAGAUGAAGAUCGAGCACAACCCUUUCGCCAACGGUUUCCGAUUCGCCUCCAAUAAAAAGUGAGAAAACGCAAGCAGCGCAUUAGUCACGUGUUAGUCACGUGUUGUUAUCAAAUAAACAACAACAACCACCGAAGGCCAAGAUUUGAACUAGUUUUAAAAGUGAAGUCGAUGCAUUCAGUUUAAGCCCAUUUGAUGAAUUCCUGAAUGGUGAGCAUGUGAAUGUGUCCCAUGAAAGGGCACGCUGAAGAAAAGCGGCACCCGUGGUGAGGCUGAAAUUGCUGCCCCUAUAUAUAUAUAUAUAUAUAUAUAUAUAUAUAUAUAUAUAUAUAUAUAUAUGUGUUAUCACAUAGAUGUUCAUAUAUAAAGACGUUUGUCUCCCCCCCAGAGCAUGUGAAUGUGUCCCAUGAAAGGGCACGCUGAAGAAAAGCGGCACCCGUGGUGAGGCUGAAAUUGCUGCCCCUAUAUAUAUAUAUAUAUAUAUAUAUAUAUAUAUAUAUAUAUAUAUAUGUGUUAUCACCUAGAAGUUCAUAUAUAAAGACGAUUGUCUCCCCCCCCCCAACCCAUGUUAGCAACCAGGGUGAGUUCACCCUCACCCCCAAUAUUUCGCACGGCCCUGGUCCCAUGAUCAUGUCUAUGUCCGAGUGUGAAAUAGAGAAGAUUGAGGUGAAAUUUUUUCAAAGCGUCCUGACGUAGAUGAACUCCCCAAACCCUCUUUAAAAAAAAAUCUCCUCACCUUAUCUUAAACUGAUACUUGUAAAUACUGUCUCCAUUUUGAUGCGUCAGUUAAAAUGUAACUGUAGGGCCACUAAAAUGUAUGUUCACCUAUUUCCGCAGAGACAAGUCCAAGCGACAGUCUUCACAUUCUCAAGACACAGGUACAAAUUUAAAUAAUCGUUUUCAAUUAUGGCUUUGUGCAUUAAAUGUCACUGUCAUUAAAAAAAAACAUCAACUUUUUCUAUAAAUUAUAGAUUAUAUUUCAAAUUUUAUAUAAGUUUAGAUAACACAUGAUUGUUGUUUUUCUGGCUUAAAAAUCCUGGUUGCCAUGUAGGAUUGAUAGAAAUCGCUCAAAGAUAUCAGUCACAGAAAUAACCCAAUGAUUUCACUGAAAGUUAUCAGUCUUAGAAGUAACCCAAUAAUAUUAAUCAUUGAUAUUAGUCAUAGAUAUCAGUCAUAGAAAUACCCAAUUAGAUCGCUCAAAGAUAUCAGUAAACAGUUAUGCAAAUAACCCAAUGAUCUUACUCAACGAUAUCAGUCAUAGAAAUAUCCAAUGAUCUCACUGAAAGAUGGGAGGCAUAGAAAUAACCCAAUGACAUCGCUCGUAAAUAAAAACAAACUUAUAAUUGUUUCUUUAUUGAAUUUUCAGAGACAGAAAGUGACAGUGGGCCCAGAGUGGUCAACCCGUCUCCCCAGCGUUCUCCCAGCGUCCAGUCUCCCAAUAAACCAAAACCUGAUGCCAACUUUAGAAACACCCCACGCAUGGGCGGCCCCCAAGACAAACACCCGGCCAUAAACGCUCAACGCGACUUAAAUUACCCGGAUUACCUCAAACCUGAAACUUACGACACCUAUGGGACAUCCCAUUACCCCCAUGGGUACACCGUCCCCGACAGGAGCCACAAGAAAUGGCUGCAUCACCUUAUCACAAACACGGCCCCCCAGACAGGUCCGCUCUACAUCCCCUACAACGACAGGGUGGACCUGACCAACUCACUGAACAUGGCCAGCUACAUGUGUCAGCGAAUGGGAGGAAACCCCUUGGCUCAGGUCAGGCACCUGGGGCAGAUGAACACGGGGAAGGAACUCUCGCCACUGUCUCUGGUCAAGAAAAGGAAGUUGAAGGAAGACGCCACCGGUUGUUUCCCUGUCAACGACGCCAGAUAUCCCAGUUAUGAGGGGAAAGAUGAUGUUGAUGUGGUUAGGAUCAGGGAUGACGUCUGCUUGGCGGCUAGAGAGCCGGACUUUGAACCCGUUAUAAAGGGUCUUGUAGACCCAGGAAUGAAGCAGGAGAAAAUAUCAGAUAACCCCAAUGUUGACCUGCCUGGACAUUCAGCAGGGGCUUCAGAAUCCGAACAGCCUAAUGAUCUGACCCCCAGGAUCAAACUGGUAAAUAUAAAUCAUUGUUUUAAAAAGUGCGGAUAAUUACAGCUUUUGGGGAUAACAAUGCAUUCAAAAGAUGCUAGAAUUUUUUAUUUUUGAUUUAAUUUUUUUAUUUUUUAAAAUAAAAUAAAUAUUAAAAGGGAGGUAUCUAAUGGUUUCUUAUUUUCUCUCCGCUCUUUAGGAUGAGUUAACGGACCUGCAUAAAAAAAACUGUGCCACUGAACAGAACACCACACCUUGUGUGAAACCAGAAGUCAUCCUUAAAAAUAGUGAGCUCUGGGCCACCACGCACGAGGUGGUGGUCAGUUCCGAGGGCAGGUAACGAUCAUUUUUAAUAUGAAUAAGUUAACCCCAAAAAACAAAAACAAAAUGACCACAGCCAGUAAGAACAAUACUUAUUCAAAGCAUUAAAAGUCAGCUAAAAAGAAAACGAUUAAAAUAGGUUAAUAAAAUGCACGGCAAUACCAGGGCAUGUAUGUAAUAGUUUACUGCAUCAUUAAAGUUGUUCUUUGUCUCAAACGUUUUUUUCCACCCCCCAGACCAAUGUUUCCAUUUAUAAACUUGUCCAUCUCCAACCUGGAUCAUAAGCGGUCUUACUACAUCAGCCUGGAGCUGACCCCGGCCUCGUCGUGGCUCUACGAUUACACUGACCACGAGUGGACGCCAAGUCUGGAGACCACCAAUGAGCACAGGGUCACGCCGUACCAGCACCCGGACAACCCCAGGAGUGGACGGGAGUGGGAGUCGGGCGUGGUGUUCGACAGACUCCGCCUGAGCACGUCCAGGCAAGGCAAAAACAUGGUCAGUGUCCUAGAUCGGAUAACUAUUUGAACAUAAUUUCAUAUGUUAAAAUGUGGCCGUGAUUGCCAAAGGUCUUGUUACUCCAUACUUGAAUGACUUGAAUGUUUCCUGAUAUAAACUUGUCCAUUUCCACCCUGGAACAAAGGCGGUCUUACCAUAUAUAUUUUUGACGCCCUUCAAUUUAAAUAAAAUACUAAAAACGCAAUAAUGUAUAAUUAUAUGUUAAUAAACCUUAAGCAUUAAAACAAAAAUAUAUCGUUUUCAAGAGUGUUAACUCUGGUCUAGUACAUAGAAGGAAUGUCUGGGGUUUUAAUUCUAGGGCGUUGAAGAAAUGUCGUGUUUUUUAAGAUGUCAGAAGAUGAAAGAAAUGUUUUUGUUGUAGUUUCAAAAUAUCUAAAUAUAUAUAUAUAUAUAUAUAUAUAUAUAUAUAUAUAUAUUUAAAAACAUUAAAAAUACUUAAAUUAUUUAAAUGAUUCAUUUGACACAUAAAAAUAUUUUCUAACAUAGAAGGAAUGUCUGGGGUUUUAAUUCUAGGGCGUUGAAGAAAUGUCGUGUUUUUUAAGAUGUCAGAAGAUAAAAGAAAUGUUUUUGUUGUAGUUUCAAAAUAUAUAAAUAUAUAUAUAUAUAUAUAUAUAUAUAUAUAUAUAUAUAUUUAAAAACAUUAAAAAUACUUAAAUUAUUUAAAUGAUUCAUUUGACACAUGAAAAUAUUUUCUACCACUUUGACAAGAAUCUCAUUGUUUGCUGUUUAUACCAAAACAAAUUCACAAAGAAAUAUGUCGUUUAAAUUAAAUGACACAUAAUACAAAUCAUAAGUUCACAUUUCAAAGUUAUUACCAUUUUUGCCAUUUUUUUCACGAAAGUUAAUGAUAAGGAUUAUUUUAAAACAUACAGAUAUAAGAUAAUAUGGAAGAUAGAUGAAUAUUGUGCGGGUCAUGUCUUUUAUAGGUCAAAGUCCAACUCAGACGCCAGUAUUUCCCGGAAGUGACGAUACGAACGGGGGUUCAAACCUGGAGGUAUCCCUUGAAGGACGCCAUGUUUAUUACUGUCAGCAUAGACAGGUGAGUGCCCAACAUUAAACAUUACAUGGUAGCAUGCCCGUGUGUUCGUGACAUGGGAUUUAGAAUAGUCUUCCCUUUCCGAAAGCAUGUUAACAUAUAAAAAAUAAUAAAAGACACACGAAAGAUCUUUGGUUGUUAAGGAAUAUCUGCACACUCACGGUGACCCGGAUGUAACCCAAUGUUCAGGUCUCCCUUGCUUGAUCCAUUGAGCUGUCCUCAUGUCUUGUUUUGUCUCCUGUUUAUUUUCAGAUCACAGUUCCUACAGCCGAGAACGUCCGAGCUGACCAGCAGUAAGGCUGUGGAUAGCCCAAGGUAAAACAAGAUGAGUCAUCUUAAUCGUGGCCCCGGGGGGGGGGGGGGUUAGAGAGGUAUACCAUGCACUCAGCUGUAUUGUCAUAAUAAAAACCCAAGGGUUUUAAUUUUGCAAAACAUUCACAAAUUUAGCAUCAUUGAAGAUGGGGGAAAAAAAAGAAAAUAAGAAUAAAAAACAUACGAUUUAAAAAAAAAAAUCAUUAAAAAUAAUAGAAAAUGCCAUCUUCUCAAAGUCGUACGUCAUGAAAAAAACCAACAUGAUGGUAAAUGCAAUAAAUGUAAUGGUAAAAUUAAUCACGUAGAUAUUAAAAUAUUACCCACAAUUUAUCGAUCGAGAAAUAGUCUGAUGUAUUACAUUUAUAAUCCAAAGCGAUGACAAGAACAUGAAGAAAAACCUUAGCAUUUAUCAGUGGUUUAGAUUUGCAGUGAGCUUAAAUAACGUUGAAAUAACGUUUUAUUUUUGUGUGUGUGGGUUUGCGGACUUCGCUAAAAAUAUAUAUAUAUUCUUGAUCUUAUUUUAUUUGAUUUCAGGUCAGAUAGUGAAAACCUGAACCGGUCCUCUCAAAGGAAACAGACAAGUGAGUAAUGCACAGCAAUGUCUUUCGGUGUUAAGUCAUAUUCAAGGCAAUUUUAGGUGUAGGCAAAAACACAGUUGGUCGGUGAAUAGGAAUCCUAUCUGAACCAUCGGACAAGUGUGAUUGUGAAUAAAAACUAUUCCAAUAAUUCUUAUUAUUUUUUAAAUAAAAUUUAAAUGCGUACUGUUAUUAAAAGAAAGAAAAAAUGUAUUUGAAUAAAGUUAAGAUAUUCAUCGAAGCCUGGAACUGAGCGUCAUUCUUGCCAUGUUUUUAAACAGAUCCCAAAAAGAUGUGUACAGACGUCUCUAGAGCAGGGUUAAUUCAACCUGCUCCAUCAGCGCCCGGUACAGACUGGGUGACGCCGUGUUCGGAGCAAGGGAGGCAACACGUCAUGGCAAGAACGUUAACGGAAGGUAUGCAGUUAACGGCCCACGACGAAGGUCUCCUAGACAUGGAGGUCGAUGCUUCCCGACAAUUUCCACGCAAAGAAACAUGGAAGCAAAGUACCAGUGGAGACGACAGAGGAAGUGACGCCACGAAUGUUAGAACAGACGCGUUCACUGCUACCCACGGGGCAGCUCUCAGCCAAGAAAGCCCUAGCAGUAUUCCGUCUGCCCAACAAAACAAUAUUUCUUUAGGUGGUAGUGUGGGUGAGCAGCACCAAGAAGAUACCAUCCAUGCAGUCAUAAAUCCGGAGCAUUUACGCUCACCAGUUAAAGAACAUUUAUUCAAUUCAACAGACGCAGACAUGUGUAGAUAAUUUGAACCCUGGCAUAAACACCAAAGAUAAGAGACGAUAGAAAAUGUGCAGCAUAAACUAUUGACAUGAACCGACUACGACCAUUGAACGCAAUGUGCCAAAUAUCUAUAACUAUUAACCAGUUUAUAAUGGUCACCAAAUAAACUCUCUUGAAAUCUUUGGCUAUCUAUGACUUUAUUAGGGUUGCUAUUAGUAACCCAAGAAUGGAAUGCUUUAAAUCAGGCCUGCACGGCUCAAAAGGUAAGGCGGGCCGUAACACUUUAUGAAAAAAUUAUUCGGGC